CGAAUUUAACAGGAGUCAGUUGUUUCUCCAGCUGUUGACUGUGUAACUUAUCUUCAGUGGUCGUGAAAACUCCACUUACUCUUUUUCUGCAAAGAAGGCGAGACAUUUAGAGCAGACAUGGCGCUUACCGACGCUGACGUGCAGAAACAGAUCAAGCACAUGAUGGCCUUCAUUGAACAAGAGGCCAAUGAGAAAGUGGAAGAGAUUGAUUCCAAGGCAGAGGAAGAAUUCAACAUCGAGAAAGGUCGACUAGUGCAGACACAGAGGGUAAAAAUAAUGGAGUACUAUGAGAAAAAAGAAAAACAGAUCGAGCAACAUAAAAAAAUCCAGAUGUCAAACCUGAUGAACCAAGCUAGACUAAAGGUGCUGAAGGCACGUGACGACAUGAUCAAGGAUUUGUUGAACGAGGCCCGUCAAAGACUUGCAGAGAUUGCCAAGGAUCCUGUUCAGUACUCUGCACUACUAGAGGGGCUCAUACUUCAGGCAUUCUAUCAACUGCUGGAGCCUAAGGUUACCAUUCGCUGUCGACAGCAGGAUGUAGAAAUUAUUGAGGCUGCAGUUAUUAAGAACAUCGCUGUUUACAAACAGGCAGUGAAGAGCAACAUAGACGUCAGAAUUGACAAGGAACGCUUUCUUUCAUCAGAAAUCUGCGGAGGAGUGGAAGUGUAUAAUGAUAAUGGGAAGAUCAAGGUUUCCAACACUUUGGAGAGCAGGCUAGACCUUAUGGCACAUCAGAUGAUGCCUGAAGUCAGAGUGAACUUGUUUGGUGCCAACCCCAACCGCAAGUUCACAGAUUAACAGUGGAUUUGAAGGGGGUGCAGUGACACAGGUGGAACAUUUAAGGCUUCAAACUCGGCGGGAGACGAGUUAUUCAGUGCACCAGUGUGUGCAGCCCCGACUUUGACAUUGUUUGGAUAAGAAAUGCAAGGGAACCGGUAAAGGUGCAGUUUUAUUCUUUAUGAUGACGCAAAACAUUGAUGAUUACUAUAGUCUUGUAUUUACUGCCCACUAUCAAAGGUCCAAUGUAUAAGAAAGAGUCACAUCUAAUGGCAAGACUGCAGCUUACUCACAAAUAGAGAACUCCUCCUCUUAUCCCUCCUUUUCCCGUUAGUGAACUAAGAUGUGCUUAGCAUAUCAGAAAGGAAGUCACUCUUCUCCUUUACUGUAAUAAGCUUCUGCUUCAAAAUGUAAAACACAUGCUCUACCUGGUUUGUCCAUUUGAGCUGCUGUAGAAGCAUGUAGGUGCAAGACAGUGGUCUCCGCUAAGGGAGGCCCUUGCCUAAAGUACAUAAAGACUUUUUCUAGAUUAUUUUAUAAAAGUGAUUAUUUACUUGUACAAUCAUACAAAUGGGUAGGAUAUUCAAUUUCUGCUCGUAAACCCUUCUAAAUCCUACACAUUGGACCUUUAAGUCAACAGUUAACAAGUGUCCAUCUGGUGUUUGCCAACAUUUGCUGACUUUAAUGAUGUUACUGUGGUGCAUUUUUUGCUCAUGAAUUAAUCUUAAUAAUCAUGUUCCAUUUAAUCAUUCAUGUGCAUAAUGUCACUUUAAAAUGUAAAAUUUAAAGGACAUUUCAAGGAAUUCAUUUUCAGCAAUACAGUGUGUUGAGGUGAAGCAUGAACAAGGGUAGGUGUGCACUCCUGCCAUCUUUUGUUGGUAAUAAAAGGCUGAAAGCCUCCAUUCA